CUUCCGUUGUUUGCUACACGUGAGUUACAUAGCACACGGCGAACUUGUAGCUAAUCUAUAAGUAACCAAAAAUGUCGUGGUUAUUUGGAGGAGGUAAAUCGUCGACCCCGUCAGGAUUUCCUGAGAUCCCUCUGGCACCACCCCCUCCUCCAGGUGGGGGAGGCGACAAGGGAGAUUUGGAUAAGGAAUACCAAAAGAAGAUGGAAGCAUACAGGUUCGAUUCGGCGGCUCUGGAGCGAGCAGCGAAAGCCGCAAAAGAACUAGAAGCUUCAAAACAUGCCAAGGAAGCUUUGGAAAUCACCAAGAUGCAAGAACAAACACUGCAAAUAGAACACCAGGCAAAGAUAAAGGAAUAUGAAGCAGCCAUUGAGCAGAUGAAAGGAGACCAGAUACGUAUCAGUGAGGAGGAGAGGAGAAAGACUCUAGGCGAACAAGCAAAACAGCAGAAAGCGCGAGCAGAAUAUGAAGAUCUUUUGUCACGUCGACGUUACGAUGAUCAGCUCGUGCAACAGCAAAAGAUGCAGGAGCAACAGCUGAGGUCACAAGAAGAGUCUGUUCAGAAACAGGAGGCAAUGAGGAGAUCCACAAUAGAGCACGAGGCAGAACUACGGCACAAGUACGAGAUGAUGAAACUUGAGGCAGAAUUACGAGGAAGAGCCAAAGUGGACCGAGAAAACAAAGACAUUAUAAUGGAAAAGGAAAAACUUAAAGCGGCAGAAUUAAGGACGACAGUUUUAGAAUCUAUAAAAACUGCUGGUUCAGUCCUAGGGUCAGGGUUUCAAGCCUUUAUAUCAGACUGGGACAAAGUAUCAGCUACAGCGGCUGGUUUGACAUUGCUAGCAGUGGGAGUGUACACUGCUAAGUAUGGUACAGGGGUUGGGGCGAGGUUUAUAGAGGCUCGGCUCGGCAAACCUUCUCUAGUCAGAGACACAUCAAGACUGUCCGUGUUUGAAACAUUGAAGCAUCCCAUAACAACAACAAAACGGCUGUUUGCCAAGCCCCAAGAUGCAGUGCAAGGGAUUAUACUAAAGCCUGAUUUAGAAGAGAAACUUAGACAGAUAGCUAUUGCUACAAAACACACGAAAAAGAACAAGGGUUACUACAGAAACAUUCUUUUCUAUGGUCCUCCAGGAACUGGUAAAACAAUGUUUGCAAAGAGCUUGGCCUCUCACUCAGGAAUGGACUACGCCAUCAUGACAGGCGGCGAUGUAGCCCCCAUGGGGCGGGAGGGAGUCACCGCCAUGCACAAGGUUUUCGACUGGGCACAAACAAGCAGGAGAGGACUUCUCCUGUUUGUUGACGAGGCAGAUGCAUUCCUACGGAAAAGGAGUCAGGAGAAAAUCAGCGAAGAUCUUCGGGCCACGCUGAACGCUUUUCUCUACAGGACUGGUGAACAGUCUCACAAAUUCAUGUUAGUACUUGCCAGCAACCAGCCAGAACAGUUUGAUUGGGCAAUAAAUGACCGUAUUGACGAAAUGGUGAACUUUGACCUGCCCACGCUGGAGGAGAGAGAACGCAUGGUGCGGCAUUACUUUGACAAGUUUGUGCUGAAACCAGCAUCAGAAGGAAAGAAGAGGUUAAAGGUGGACCAGUUUGACUACACUGCCAAAUGUUCUGAAAUAGCAAGGAUCACUGAUGGCUUAUCUGGGAGAGAAAUUAGUAAACUGGGAGUGGCCUGGCAGGCAAGUGCCUACGCAUCAGAAGAAGGCGUACUGACGGAGGCCAUGAUUGAUGCACGUGUACAGGAGGUCAUUGAAGAUCACGCCAAGAAGAUGAAAUGGAAAGAAAACGACGAGAAAGAGACGCUGCACGACACGGCGCCAGACGUUUUCCACUCUCAGAAAAGUGCUUCCACUUCUAUCAAACCACCAAAGAGCACACAAUGAUGUCUAGGCAAAUUAGUUUGAAUUAAAGUAAUUGUUGGGGAGUUUUAUUGUAAUGCUGUACAGAAAUGUGAACUGCCAGAUGCAUUUGAAGGAGAUGCGAAGUGUUAUGAGAGGAAGAACAAUGCUCACUGCCAAGACUCCUUUGUUUUCAAUACAGGAAGGGGGAUUUUUCCCUUUACAGGAUUUCAUGCUCUAGAAAAAAAGGACAGCUUCCAAAUUUCAUCACAAAAAGGCUUGGCGAAAUCUUUUGCUAGAAGACAUCAUAUGUGUGUGUUGGGUGGGGGUGGGGAGACGUUUUCACCCUAAGGUUUUCAUUAUUUCUUAAGGUCAUCUGAUGCGUGUUUUUCAUAGACACUUUAAACCAGGACACGUUUCCUUCCCUUACAAUGAAAAAUAAAUUGUUUGAUUUUAUAUAUUUAGAAAAAUACACCCACACACAUUGGAAUGGUAGGGUUGGCGUAUCAGAACAUAAAAAUGAAUGACACCAUUAAUUUUCUAGUUAUUUGUAAAUCGCCACCCAUUGUAAUGGCUAUUACUGGAAGAAUUGUGCUUGAUUCAUGACGCUUUUCUGGUUAUGUUCGAAGUGAUAAAAAAAGGGCACAGCAUGACUACUAAUGAGAAGAAAUUAUUAUUCUAUUCAUUUGUACGUUCAGAAAGUAACGUUUUGUGAUGACAGAAAGUCACGGUUGCUGGGUGUUAUUUGUAAUUUAAAUGAAUGUAGUACUUUUAAGUUUAUUAAUUGUGAAGAAAUUACAUCAACUGCUGCCUUGACAUUAAAGCAUUCUUAAGAGUAUUUGGAUUUUGU